UUCAGCGUUGGUAGUGAACGGUGGUGUACAUACAACAAAACAGUAGCCUCUUAUGCCUCCUUGUGUAAUGGCCCAAAAUACAGAGCAUGAGCGCAUGAGAUUAAGACGAGAGCUCGGCCCCAUUCAGUCAGAUGGUCAUUAUGGAGAUUGAGAGGAUGCUGUGUGUGUCUGCCAGCUGCUGACAGUGCAACGCUCGUGUUUAUGUGUGUCCUGCUGCCUUUUUGUUAAUUAAGGACAAAACGCACACACAUUCUCAGUCUUGUCUGCUAAUGCACUGCAGUCUGUGCUGGUCUUCAAAACAGGUUCUGUGGUUGUAAAGCAUCGUCUGCACUUGUAUUCACACCCCUCACAGAAAAAGACGGUCAGAUCCCUUUGCAGAAUAAUCAUAAACACACUGCUUGUCUUUGACGGUUAAUGCACUUUCAGUUUAUUUUUCUCUGUUGCUGUAGCCGUUCACUCAGAGCUUGGAAACACUGAACCUGGGCCACAACGCAGUGGGGAACGAAGGAGUGCACAAACUAAAAGACGGACUCAUAGCAAACCGGUCCAUCCUCAGGCUGGGUCUGGCCUCCACCAAACUCUCCUGUGAAGGAGCGGUCGCUAUCGCUGAAUUCAUCGCUGAGAGUCCGAGGAUCCUCCGGCUGGACAUGCGGGAGAAUGAAAUCAAGACCGGAGGCCUCAUGGCUCUCUCGCUCGCCUUUAAGGUCAACUCGUCGCUGCUCCGACUCGACCUGGACCGAGAGCCCAAGAAAGAGACGGUGAAGUGUUUCAUUGAGACACAGCGUGCCCUGCUUUCAGACAUUCAGAACGGCUGCAAGAGGAACUUCAUCCUGGCCAAAGAGAAGGAAGAGACGGAACAGAAGAUGAGGCAGUCGAUUUCAAUAGCCGAAAUCGCCAUGGAGGACCAAACUCAAGAGGAUGAAGAUGCAUCUGCUGAGAAAAGCGAGGAAGAAAACACCACCGAUGAGGGCAGUGCAUCUGAGAGCCAAGAGGUCGACGAUCAAAACCCGACACUACAAGACGACUCUGACUCGGACACAGAGGAUGAGGAUGCAGCCGAUGAGCCGAAAACUCCUGCGAACACCACAUCUCCCAUAGCGAUUCCUGCAAUAAACGCCUGUAAGGCCGUGCCCUCGAUGCCUCCUCUACCAGGAUCUCCAGCGGUAAUUACAGUGACCGAAGCUAGCGCUGUCCCAAGAGCCCCACCAUCUCCUGGCCGCUGCUUUUCGGUGUCUAGUCCCGGCAGAGGACACAAAAUCUUUAUGGUAACACGUGUGGAAAGCCCUCCGGAGCAACAACAGACGACUGUAUUGGCGAAAGGUGUCAGCGAGGGGGCGUCACAGAGCCAAACAUGCACACAGACUAAUAUAAAAGCACCUUUUGAUGCACGUUCACAACCGCUUGAGCAGAAACCAACAGCAUCUGAGCUCAGCACGUUAACAUCAUGUGCAGAAACAACACCAGCACCUGUUGAACUGCUCAACACGUCUAUGUCUUCACUUGCGGAUAAGCAGGAGAACCUGAAGGAGUCACAGACAGAAAUCGCACAGGAUCCUGCUACGCCAUUUGAAAGCCUGAAGGACGCCGUCCUUGUCGAUCAGACUCACUUAAAGCAACAGUUGACUGUAAAUACAAACACAAAAAAAACGCAAGAGACGCAAAAUGUAAGCGAGAAGGACCAGACGUUCUGUCCUCACACCGAGCAGAAACAGAAGUCCAGUUCCAUCCAAACAGAGCCAUCAGUUUCAGGACAAUCCCAGGAUGAGACGCUAAGCCCAAAAGCCGAACCAUGUCCAGAACAGCUGCAGGAAGUUGAUAACGGAGAGAAACAAGUGCAAUCUAGUGAACAGCAACGGGCCGCUCAGCUGCAGCCUUCACUGGAGGUCACAGCAGGUCACGAAGCCCUCGAUGAGGAGGAAGACUGCAGUGCUCGAGUGGGAUCUCCUGACGUGAGCUCCACGGAAGAAGACAAAGGUCAUCCUGCUGGGAGCAUGGGAGCAACGCUGCCCAACGGGCUGAAGCCAGAAUUUGCCUUUCACCUUCUCGAACCCAAGGGACCCAAACCAGCCAGCUGCAUUAUGGAGCAUGUGAGCUUGACCGCAGAGCUGAGCUGUGGGCAGGAUUUAGAGGAGCUUCUCCUUGAUGCCAGUCUGGACACCAGCAGAGAUGCACCGUAAUGCUGUAACCAAGGAUCCACACAAGCAGAGAGAAUCGGAAGGGCCGGUUUGUUCUCGCCACAUGGCAUCCGCUCAUAUUCCUCGGGUCUUUUUCCAUCUUUCUCGUGUCUUUACCACACAUUUUCCAAGUGUUGCAACAGAACACAGAGGACUCGACCUUCCUUCCAGUGUCCAGCUUUUAUUGAAAUUAGGAAAUUCAUCUCUUCUGUGAUUUAAACAUUUGCCGUAAAGUUGUAUGUUCCCAGUUACCAAAGACGCCCAUGCAGAGAAACGCACACUCGCUGACCUCCUUCUGUUCCUCCCUGUUACGCUGUCGACUGUGGCGCCUCUGCGCCGGCCCCUGGUGGACUGGAGGUUAUAAUGCUGCACAGAGACUGACCGGCGGGAACAUGCGAAGCCAUUUCAUUGGUUUUGGCUUUCAGAUAUCGUCAAGCGGGCGGACGUUGUUGC